CUUCGAGCAGUCAAGAUGAGAUCAACCAAAUGCGCCAAGCUUCUGCUAAUGAGUUAUGUAUUUUGCGCAGUACUGUUACCGGGCAACGCCAAUGUCUAUUACUCGCAAGAUCAACUUAUGGCAUCCAAAAUUGACCAACUGGAGAAUAAAAUUAUGAAGCGACUGGAGUCGCGAUUGGAUGCAAUGCAGGAAAGAAUGGAACGCAAGUUUGGCGAACACAUGGUAGCGCUGCAAAGAUCCGAGAAUACAAAGUGGCUAGAACUUGAUGAUAAGAUUCUCGUUCUGAAGGAUGCCAUUAGGCAAAAUUCCGGUGCCUACUUCGAUUCCUGCCGAGGGGUCCCAUCGGACUUGAGCAACAUGUUUAUGAUUCGACCGCCAGCAGUCAACACGCCUCCGUUUCUAGCCUACUGCGAGCAACAGUACCUGGGUGGCAGCUGGAUCGUGAUCCACAAGCGUUUCGAUGGAUCGGUAGACUUUAAUCGGAACUGGCUGGAGUACAAGGAAGGAUUUGGGGAACCCGAUGGGGAGCACUGGAUGGGAUUGGAAAAGAUUCACAAGAUCACUAAAUCGGGCGAUCAUGAGCUGCUGGUGGUGCUGAAGGACUUUGACGGUAGAUCCAAAAUGGCUCUGUACGACGGAUUCAACGUGGACACCGAGGGAGCCAAAUACAAACUUUCGGUUGGGCAGUAUGUGCAUGGUGAUGCUGGGGAUUCACUAAGUAUGACCAACGGAGUACGGUUUUCGACGAACGAUCAGGAUAACGAUCAACACUCGGGAGGAUCAUGUGCGGAGUUCUAUCAAAGCGGUUGGUGGUUCAAAAGUUGUAUGAAUGCGAAUUUGAACGGCCUCUAUCACAAUCACGAUGAUAAAAACAUGACUAUGAAUUGGUUCACCUUCCGAAAGGACUUACAAGGACUGAAGGAAGCAUCGAUGAUGAUUCGUGAAAAAGUUAAGCUCUAAAUAUACCCUUUUUUUCGUACCUAUAGACAUAACAACCAACA